GUCCGUGUACACUCUGCUCUCCUCCUCCUCCCUCGCCUCGCCUCGCCUGCUGCCUACCCGCCGCAAGCAAGUUCUCCUCACGCUUCCUCCUUCGCUUUUCGUCCUUUCUCCUCCGAAUCCCCGUUGCGCUGAAAGCUGCACAAACCCGACAGCUGAGAGGAGAAGUAAACUUGCACAUAGGGAAGGGCUGAAGAAGAAGAAGAAGCAGCAGAAAACGCGCUGCACACGAACCAAUGAGCGGCUCGCAGCUGUUUAGAGACACGACUCGCUUGUUUGCUUUUGCUUUAUACCGAGGGGCCGAGCUGCAGUCCUGAGCGCUGCAGUCCUGAGCGCUGCUCUAGAGCGGAACAACAGCCUCUGCACAGACAGGUGGUCGUGCUUUAAAGGACCUAAAGGAGACAGUGGAGGGUGACGAUGAGAAGAAGAGACACAGGAGAAACAGGAGGGACAAAAAUGCGACUCAAGUAGAAGGCAGAGGACGCGCAUCAUCACUAAGUGCCUGGAUGUACUGGAUGCUGCAGCAGCCUCGUGCCGGCGCAUGCUUUUUCCCACGCUGCUGUUCCCCGCAGACCUGACUGCUUGCCUGUGUAAGUGUAUCUGUGAUUGCGCUUGGCCUUGACUCAGACUAUAUUUCACUCUGACAGGCAAACGGUCAAUUUGCUGUUCCUCGAAUCCAAGCCUCCCCCCACUCCACCUCGCUUGCAGUAUCAUCCUGUUAAUCCAAGGACAGUCGAUUAGUUUCUUCUUUUGUACUCAACACGCCUGACUUUACUCACGAAGGCUUUUCUUCAUCUUCUGUUGUCUGGAAAUGUGAGCAUUUUUAGAAAACAUUGAUGUUGCAGCAGCGGGACGGUGGCCUUUAGGGUGGGAAAAGUGAAUAAAGUCGUUUUACGUAGACAAGAAGCUGGUUUUACGAGCCAGGACGGCCACUGCAGCCCAGUAGUACGUGUCUGUCUGCACUUUUAGUGCCUCAGUCUGAGUGAAGCUGUCAAGAAGCCUUUGCAGCAUGCCUGUGUGACCUGCUCUGCCUCAGCAUCCUUCUUCUUGCUCAACUAUUCAGCUGAUAUGGAACACAGAGAGUCAUAGAUUCUUCAUUGUUUUUUUGUUUUUUUUUUGCCAUUCUGUCUGAACGUUAGAGCAUGUCUCAUUCCUUUUACCAGAGUGUUUUUUGUGCUGUGGCACACUGAUUAUUUUCUUUGUCCUGCUACGUGCGCUUUGGACUUUCUUACCCCCAGACAACCUUUAAUUCGACCCUAACCACCCGCUCAUUAUGGCCGUCAACGUUGCUGUAGGCCGGGACACCAAGUGGCUGACGCUAGAGGUGUGUCGCGAGUUCCAGAGAGGCUCAUGCUCACGGUCUGACACCGAGUGCAAGUUCGCUCACCCUUCUCGCACCUGCCAUGUGGAGAACGGCCGCGUCAUCGCCUGCUUCGACUCCCUCAAGGGCCGCUGCACACGUGAUAACUGUAAGUACCUGCACCCGCCUCCACACCUGAAGACCCAGCUAGAAAUCAAUGGCCGGAACAACCUGAUCCAGCAGAAGGCAGCAGCUGCCAUGUUGGCUCAGCAGGUGCAGUUCAUGCUGCCUGGAGCCCAGCUACAGCCCAUAACCACGUUCCCAGUAUCACCCUCGUUGGCUACCAGUCAGAGUAUGGCAUUAAAUCCAUACAUGGGCCACAUGAGCCCUGGCAUCGGCCUCAUGCCCGAGUUGCUUCCCAGCACUCCCGUGCUGGUCCCGGGAAGCCCGACGGGCAUCACUGUGGGCAACGGCAACUCCGCUCAGAAGCAUGUUCGCACAGACAAGCUUGAGGUGUGCCGUGAGUUUCAGCGGGGCAACUGCACACGGGGUGAGAACGAGUGCCGCUACGCUCACCCAGUAGAGGCGGGCAUGGUGGAUGGCAGCGAGAACUCAGUCAUUGUGUGCAUGGACUACGUAAAGGGCCGUUGCUCACGCGACAAGUGCAAGUACUUCCACCCACCGGCACACCUGCAGGCCAGGAUUAAAGCGCAGCAGCAGCAGCAGGCCAGCCAGAGUGCCGCUGCUACAGCGGCAGCAGCCAUGGCCCUGCCUCCAGGCAGCAUGCAGCAGCUACCAAAGAGGCCCACCCUGGAGAAGAGUAACGGCGCUGCGGCCGUCUUCAACCCCAGCAUGUUCCACUACCAGCAGGCUCUGGCCAGCAUGCAGCUUCAGCAGCCGGCCUUUAUCCCCACAGGGCUUUUCAAACCGCCCGGCCCACUGGCAGAGGGCCGCUGGGAGAGGCGGGAUUGGAGCAGCUGCCGGCCCCCCCACAGCCGCUACCUAUCAGGGCCCGGACAGACUGUAGACCCCGCCGAGGUACUGAAUGCUGACCCUGUCGACCUCCACUGCAUUCCUGUGGAAACACACCUCUGUCCAAUCCCCAAACUGCUGGUGGCGGCGCCGGUGAGCCUGAACUCAGUAAGCGUCAGCCGCAAUCUCAGUUAACACCCCGCUAUUGCCAUCCCCAAAUCCAACCUCACCAUAUGAAUGCAACAAAAGUGUGCCUAAUCAGUGCGUCCUCCGAGGACAACCCUUUCAUCUUCUUAUUUGAUGCCCCACGUCAACAAAAGUCAACACACACAAAAAAAAGAUUUGUUGAUGCUAAAACAGGCAAUAUUUAAGCUAGGACCUUCAACUGUUUAAGGAAGUGUGCCAUGUUGCAAGGAGACUUAAGAAGCAUGAAGAUGCUGAAUCUGAGCGCUCCUUUGAAUUCACAGCCAUACGAGUACACAGAUUUGUAGACACAGACACUUACACACACACACACACACACAAACACACACACACACACACACACAAAGUUGAGAACAGUGCAUCCUCCUCAAACGAGAGUGAGGUCUCAGACCCGGAUUAACGCAGUGUGAGUAGUAAAGCUAGGGCUUGAUGUCACCUGACAGCACACACGGUUUUGCAAAAGCUUGUGUAGGAAACACAAGAAUGUAAUGUGCACAGGGCUUUAGUCAGAGAUAGGAUUGUGUAUGAGAGCUCUCUUUUUUAAACUUUUAAUGUAAUUAUCCAUACAGUAAUGUGGGUGUGUAUAUAUAUUUAUAUAUAUGUAUAUAUAUAUAUUUGCAGACACAUUACUGCUUGUAUAAUUUAUUCAUUAAAGUGCAUUAGAUGUCCCUGACCUGGAAUUCACACUAGAUGCGGCACUUAAACAACACGUCCGUAUAGCAUUUACUGCACUUUAUUCUGAUCAAGAAAAUGAGCGCCUGUACCGUACAUACAGCACCUGCAAAUGGGCCCCCUUGUGAUUGGUCUUUGGUCAUUACACUUAGAUGUAUAGAUGACACUAAAUAUUUACUUUUAAGCAGAUUCACUCAAACACAAAUGUAAAAGACAGAUAUGCAAGUGAUGUGUUUAAAAAUGCAUUUGGUUUGAAUUGAAGUUGUUACUCAAACCACCGUCCUAUUACAGACAAACAAAUAACAGUGUACAUGUAUACCAUAUGUAUACAUGUACGAUGUAUAUUCGUAUUCUAUGUAUGUUCCAAUUCACUUUUUCUACCACAAGUGUGUCAUUGGCAUAAGAGUGAUGUUUAUUUAAGUCCAAUCCCAACAAGGUGCAACUGGUUGACUAGACAUAGUGUUGUUUUUUUUCAUGCAUGGAGAUACCACAGAUUUGUUUUCGUAGAACAUUCAGACUAAGGUUAGGUAGAUUCCUUUAUAAAUACCUCCAUUUUCCUUAAUGCAAUCCGCCUUAAGCAGAAAUCCCAGCGUACGCCCGUGUCUUAUUGCGCAUGACGACGUACACUGAUCUGCAGGGUCUGAUUACAGCCCUAUAGCCCCGCGCUGCGCAGGAGGUCUGAUAGAUGACUAGCUCAGGAUGAGUCUUAUCACCAUACUGUGAUAGGCAGUGCCAGCACAGCAGCUGUGGCCGUCGAUUGGAGCAGUGCCAUUUCAAAGCCCAACUGUUUCUCUGUAGUCAGCCACGUCAGAGCGCAUUACUCAUCUCCUGUAACCUAGUACUUUUUUUUUUCUUCCUCGUUUUCAUAACACACCAAGCUGUAUGUUUGACUUGCUCGAACACAGGCAUUGUGAUAUAUUCAGGUCUGCCACCAUCUCUGCUUCUGUCUUUCCGUAUAGAGUGGACAGUCUCUGCCAAAAUCCAUGGCCCAGUCCCUCCUGCCGAGUGACAGUCUGUUUGUCUGUGCUUAUUGCUUAGCCCUGUUUUUUACAUAUCACAGUAACACAAGAUCUGGGAACUGUCCAUGCUGUGAUAUUCGCAGUGUGACAGCAACCAAAGCUAUACAGUCUUUUUAGAUUCAUCGAACCUUUUUUUUUCUAUUUAAAGAUAAUGUGCACAAAUUAACAUCUUAACAAAAUACGCAGGUGCAAAUGUAAUCAGGAAACACAAUGAUGAAUGUAGUUGACCGCUCAGAGAAUAAAUCAUAGCAUGGUGGUUAGAAAGUAAGAAAUUUGUAGAGUCCACUUGUACAGAAUAUAGAUGUUUACGGUAAGUCUGGCUGUCCUAUUUAAUUACUAACGGCAGCAGUAGAGUUUUAAACAAGUGUACUGCUUUAUGUGCUAAUGACUCUCGGAGCAGGGUCACUCUGUGCCAAUCACUAGUGGGGAGAAAAAAAGUAGAGUUAUUACAUGCCAAGGCCCAAAAGCAGACUGAUUGAAAACGUUAUUUUCUCUACAGCUAAUGCAGUCAUUAAUGCUGUGCUCUUAUUCAGGCUUUCAAUCUUUUCCAAUUCACCUCAUACCACUAUACCAUUUGACUGGAGCUCUUGUAGCUUUUGGCUAAAGGCCAUUUCUGAACUGAUCUACAGAGAAACCUUUAAUAAGCUUUAAUUGGAGUAGAUGCUUGUUUUAAAAGAAAAAAUACAACGAUGUAAGAUAAAGCACCAACUGAGGCCUGGAACAUUUUUGUAAUCAUUUUUUUUUUACAGCUUUUGUGUUUAUCUUCUUUUUUUUCUUUUGCAGCUCUCUGAUUUAAUCAGGAUUAAGUUGCUGUGUGUUAUGUUUCUAAAACAUGUUUAUUUAAUCCAGCUUACAGAUUUUGACCACUUAUCGUGUCCUUAUGUUCAAAAGUCGACAGACUCUAAAAAACCAGGGCAAAGCUGACUGUCAGCCAUAAGAGCGGUUCAUUUCACAUUGUGCUGAAAGCGGUAAUUCGAAGAGGGGAAAAAUGCCGAGGUGUAGAGGCGGGGGGGAUCUGCUGUAGCCGGGGUACUGAUGAACCUCACUUGCAAACGUUGCCAGGAAAGAGCCUUAAAAUACAUUUGAAUGUGACAUUUAGGACAAAGAAGAAUGUCAUUAAAGCUUGAGGAUGCCUGUCUCACCUUUUUUUUCCCUCCUGAAACAAAUCACGACAUAUUUCAACAUAUCAAGGGAGAAAAAUUCUCCCAAUGCCAUUCACUGUUGAUGUACUAUAGAAACAAAAUUCUAAGAGACUUAUUAAGGACCUUGUCAUGUUUUUUUUUAUGUUUUUUUUAGGUUUUUUUUUUUCAGUCGUCGUUACAUGAAACAGCUGUGCUGUUUUUUACGGAUAGCCACACUGAGAAGCAAAUUUUGUUGGUCAAACACUGCACCUAUUUAAAAAAAAAGAGGACCUCUUUGGAAAUAGUGUAUUUGUGACCUUUUAUUUUGUCUAGAGGACACUCUCCAGGCCAAAUGCUCAGACAUAAAUUAAGGUUAACCCAAGACUAAAACUUAAGAAUUUCAGUUAGUCUUGAACAUCUUAAAGCCUUACCGGAACUGGCCCAAAAUAAUGUUAUGCUUUAUUCCCAUGAUUAUAAAAUAGAAUAAGCAUGAUGGGCUUAAAUUCAAUAGAGUAAACUGAGGUCAAAUGCAAAAUCAAAAAGACGAUAUACUGUGUUAUUGGAGUGUCUGUGUUGUACACAACUUAUCAAAUGUUACGGUGUGGGUGUGUGUAAAUGUUGGCUGUUCAGUUGUUUAGGAGUGUACUAAGCUGUUGAUUUGUAUAAUGGAUUAUUUCCUGUAGUUGGGCGAGUCUCAUUGCCUAGCCAAGGUAUAGAUCUCUCUCUCUCUCUCUCUCUUUCUAUCUCUCUCUUUCUAUCACUUUAUUCUCUCAUAUCAAGAGUUAUGCCUUCUCCAACUGCUAUCCAGCUGGAAUUAACAAAAUACUUGAUUAAGGAAAAAAAACAUGCCUCGUUUGGGGCUUCAGCAUUUUAAGAACACUCACUUUUUAAGAAGUGUGUCUUCACGUGUAAUGUAGUUAGAUAAUCUGAUAUGUACAUAUUACUAGUGCAUCCUUGCUAUAGUUUUGUCACCGUUUGAGGUCACAUGACCCUAAUCUCAUUCUUAACGGUACUUAUUUUAGCUGUAUUUCGUCAUCGUUAAGCAAAUUUAUUGUGAGUUUUACAUUUUGAAAAUGAACAUGUUUUAGUUAACUUGAUCUUUUUUUUUAUCAGUUACUUAUUCUACAGCAUAAACUCUCAUUGCAUGAAAUGGAAAUAAUCUGAAUAAUCUGAUACAUAGUUUGUGUAGUUAGUAGUACAUGAGAAAAAUAAGAAAUAUCUCUCUAUAUAAAUAUUAAUCUAUAUACACAUUUGUAUCACAAUGAUCAAUUCAUUGUAACUUGAUAGUAAGUUGUUGUUGCUAUGGCAACAAAACUACAACAUGGCUACCUUUGUGAAUUUUAAUUGUGAAUUUCUUUCACACUUCAAUCGAUUUCACGUACAAGAUUAACUUAUUCUGAAAGGGAAUGUGUAGAUAUCUUACCUUGGAUUUAAAAAUGAUGCCUAUUUUGUACAAAAGAAAAAAAAAGAUUCCUCGAGUCCAAAGUCCAUUUGGAGAUGUCAUGUUAAUUGUUGUUUAGGGUUUUUUUUUUGUUUUUUUUUUAGUUUUUAUGAUUUCUUAUUUUUCUAAGGGGAUUGUUGUCUGCUUGAGAUAUAAAUCAGUGUUUGAGCUUUAGAGUGGACUUAUUCGAUCAUUAGGUAAAAGAAAAACUCGAUAACCUCUAGCAAUUGAAAGAGAUUUUGGAGCAAAACUCCAGGUGGGGAAUUGUCUUUUUUUCUUUUUUUUUUAAGGGCUCUCUGGACUGGUAGACACCAGAAAGGAUCUAACAGAUUGACUCAUUUUGAUGAGUGCUUGAAACUUUUAACAUGAUAAUGUCAGGAGCAGAACGAGAUGUAGGGCGUAGUAAGCUAGAACGUGAACCUCCUGGUAAUGUCUCGUUUUUUUUUUUUGUUUGUUUGUUUGUUUUUAUUUUUUCUCCCUGUGCUCUUUAGCCAGCCUUUAGCCCAGCUGUGCUGGGACCUGCUGUGCCCCCAUCAGUGUACGAAUGUGUGUCCUUCACCUCGUUUGCACUUAUGUACAUAAAUGAGUAAAGAUAUUCAGAAUUUAUUUUGAAUAUGCAUAGAUAAAUACAAAUAUAUAGACAUAUAUAUAUAUAUAUAUUGAAAAACCUGUUCAAAUGAAAUAACUGUAUUGUUCGGAAUACAGGUAAACAUCUAUCCUUCUACUAGGUUGUUCAAGAAAUGGGAGGGAUUCUUUCUAUGUUUUUUUUUUUUUUUUUUUUUUGCUAAUGCCCUUUUUCUCACCAUAAGCAUGUUGUUGCUUGCUGAUAAAACAGAUGAAAAUGAAAAGAUGCUUUAUAGUUUGCUGUAGUUUACAAAAAUAAGCCUAUUACGCCAAGCACUGAGGCUGUUUAUAUCUGAUCCUUAAAUGUGUUGGUGGUGUUUGGAAAGAAGCAUGGCCCCCAAAUGUAUGCAGGUGAUGCAUUGCAUCUAAGAAACCAAAGAAUAAAUAGCUUGCUUGUCUUUGUUUAUUCUUCGCUGUGAAUUGUCUAUUUAGUGUCACAAUAUAUUCUGCUAUUAUUAUUAUUAUUAGUAGUAGUAGUAGUAUUAGUAUUAUUUAAUGUGUUCAUGAUGCUAAGAGCUGAAAAGAAAUGGGAUUCAAAAUGGAACUGCUUUGGGAUUUUAGCUCAUGUGACAUCUGUACCGGUGAAGUUCUGCCCCCUUCCGGCUGUAAACGGUAUAACAGGCAGCCAAACCCUUUACUCCUGCCUGUAAGGAAGGAGGGCUGACCAUCAUCCCAAUACAGGACACACCACCAACAUCAGGGUCAGAUUACAGCGGGAAAGCAUUGCAACUGGUUAAAAAGGAGUUUAAGUUACAUAUCUGUGUCUGUAUUUGGUUUCCUCUCAGUGUUCAAACACUCACACAUUCCCAAAACCUGAUCAAUAAUUCUAAAUAUUUCGGUGCAUUUCCUCAAGACAAAAUCUUAUUAACACAGUGAAACCUGGAGAUAUCUUGUACAUUAUGUGGUCUAAAGUUGCUUUGGAAGCCAAGAAUUUUGUUGCCAUGGCACUUGUCCUAGUAGUGAGGGAGAGACUGAGUCUAUGUCGGUUCCUGCACCUUUGGACCACGUUCACAAACUGGUCCCAAACCUUUUAACUAUAAAGUGGACUUGGCACAAAGUUUGAUAUCUUAAGUCCUGAUUUACAGAACAUGCUGAAAAUAAAUGAAUGCAAUCGAAAGGACACUUUUGACCACUGUGCUAAAUAAAGGAAGAAAGAAAACAACUACUAACGCCCUUCUGCUGUCCACCUUACUGUGCCUGGACAUUCUGUAAAGACCGUGCUUUUUUGUUGAUUAUUUCAUUUUUAUCCAAGUAAAUCCAUCACUCAUAUUUAAUCACAUCAUAUUUAAGUCUGUGUGCAAAUCGAUGUUGCCGGUAUUGCCAUAAAAAAUGUGUGUAUAGGAUUAAGUUUCAUAUUUAUGUUGUAAAAUGCUAUGGAUUUAAAUGUAAAUGCAGUGUCUUGUCGAAGAUUUGAGGUUUUGUCCCUUUUAGGGCGUCAGUCAGGUGUAGUUUUAUUAAACGCAGAAUAAGUGCUUUCUAUCAGAAGCAGCUUAAAGAAUGUUCACAUUGUUUUUUCGAAGCCAUAUGUUAAUGAUUCCUCUUUCCCCCACUGUAGGACAAGCCUGAAUGCCCUGACUCUUUAUAUGAAAUGCUUCUCUUUCUAUUUAGCGUGUUGUGCUUGUAUGUGCUAAAAAAUUGUGCUUAUUGCCAAUCCCUUUUAUGAUUAUAGUAAUGUAUAGAAAAUAUACAUACUUACAUGAUCUGUUCUUUUUGGUUGACAUUUUAAUAAAGCACUUAAAUGAAAA